GUGACGGCCUGUUUCUAUGGCCAGGCUGUGUCCACUCAGUCUGUACAUUGUCACCGGUUUUCUCAGUUUUCUAUCAGUCACGGUGGUCAGUGUGUUCAAAGGAGACAGAGGCAAAAUUAAGGAAAAAAGACACGAGUGGAAGGAGAGAGGAAUGAAGAUGGAUAACUGUCUCCUCAAACUCGUUUUCGGGCUUUCAAUGCUAGGUGAGUGCUUGGCUCGGGUGGUGACAGUGUCUCCUGGUCCAUUGAUCCGGGUGGAGGGUCAGCCGGUGUCCAUCAGAUGCGACGUCAAUGGUUAUAUGGGACCUCAUGAGCAGGACUUUGAGUGGAUGAUGUCCAAGGACGGGAACGCGCCGAGGAUAAAGAUCAUCUCCACCUUUGACACCAGCUACUCCCACAUGUCACUAAGUAAGCGUGUCGCAUCCGGCGACAUCUCUGUGGUGCGGCUCUCGGACAACGAGGUGGAGCUGAAGAUAGCGGAGGUGAAGGCGCUGGAUGCCGGUUUCUACUGGUGCCAAACGCCGAGCACUGACUCCGUCAUCAGUGGCAACUAUGAGGUUCAGGUCCAGCUUAUUGUCAUCCCCAACACCCUCAAGGUUUCCCCGCAGACCCCACCUCCAGUUGUCCCAGAGGGAAGUGACAUCACGCUCUCCUGCAACAUCACCCGGGAACUCACCCACCCCACCUACCUGUCCGUCACCUGGUUGCUGAAGAAGGGGGCGACGUCUGAGGAGAUUUUGACUUUUGGUCCUCAGGGAGGCGUGGUUACAGGGCAGAAGUAUGCCAAGCGCUAUGCUGACGGAGGCAUCCGAUUGGUUCCCGGGAAGAUUGGAUCAUUUAACUUGGUGAUUUCCAGAGUGACCACGUCUGAUGAAGGGAUUUAUGAAUGCAGCGGAACAGAGUGGACAUAUGAAAAUGGAGGGAAAUGGAUAAAAAUCGUGGAGAAGACAAAAGAGAUGGGGACUGUUGCUGUUACUCCUACAGCUCCUAUCACAGUGACACUGAACGCUCCAAGUCCCAAAACAAUUUUCAGCAAUAACCAGGCAGAGUUGGAAUGUAUCAUCACUGGACGAGACAACACCAUUGUAUCUGAAACUAAAAUCACUUGGCAGAUUGAUGAGCAAAAUGUGAACAGCAACAUUAUGGAAAUGACAAUACGUGAAGGCAGUCAAUACAGAAAGAUCAGCACGUUGACUCGCAGUCGGACUGAAUGGCAGAAAGUCAACAGAGUGCGCUGCUCGGCCAUUAGUGGAAACAUGACACCAGUUACUCAAGAUCUGACUGUCCAUAAAGGAGAUGGGAGCAAGCCAACAGUAAUAGUACACAUCCCUCCAGAGGAGGACAUCAAAGGAGACUCAGCUGUCACUCUGAUGUGUCUGAUCUCCAGUCCUGUGCAGCAGGAUUACUACAUAGCCUGGUCAGAAGAUGCUGAACGAAGAACUGGGAUCUAUACUGAUGGCAUCACCUUCCCCCCACAGAAGACCCAACGUGGCUACACAGUUAUAAAUGUUUACACCACCACCAAGGAAAGGUGGAACCAGGGUUACGUGUUCUACUGCAAUGUCUGGCCUGCUGGCAGUAAUGAGUCCAUGAUACCACGAGGAGUGUCUAAGGCCAUAAGUUACUCACAAGAGUGUUAAACUGAGAAGUUUCAGCUUUAAAUUUUUGCUUGUGUCGUUCUGUCUCUGUAUAUAUUUUCUGUGCACUCUGUUAUGUCAUCAGUCUUUGUGAUUGUAAAAAAACAACAACAACUAAAUAUGUAGUUUUGUUUGCCACCAAUCUCGGAAAGGGAUUGCAUUGUUUUGUCUCACAUUGUACUAACAAUUGUGCGAACUGUUUCAAAUUAGUUGCAUUGAAACAGUUUUUCCUGUUUAUGAAUAGUGAAUAGUGGAUAUGAAAAACAGAAUGAAAAAAGAAUGCAGGAAUAAAGGUGAACAGUGUGGGAAAGUAGAAUAGACAUGAAAGAUUAGAACAGGAAGAACAUGUGGAAAUUAUUCUUUAGGGGAAUAAAGGCAGAACAUAAGAUAAAAGAUAUUCCUCAUUGAACUUUCACCGAGAGUGUCAUUUAAACAAACUGAAAAGCAAGCACAAAGGACUGCUUUGUAUUGGUAUUUUUCAGUGAAGCCUCAUAGUAUAUGUCACUGCUCCAAUUUUCAACUAGAUAAACCUCCACACAACUUGUGGUAAGAGUGAAUAAUGUCUCAUUACAUUUUUUUGGUAUAAAUAAAAGUUUUGUUUGUGCACCCACGUGAGCCGCUUUCAAAAGUCCCCGACACCCCCAACAGCCAACCUCAGCCCAGCCCCAGAAUAGCUGCACAGGUAGGAGAUUAGUGGAUCUGUUCCUACAUGUGACAUCAGGAUAUCUUCUUGAAUUAAUUAUAACUCAAUUUGUAUGAAGUUCUCUUUUUUUUUGUACUUAUGUUGUGAAUUUAUGAAUAAAAGAUGUUGAUUCAUGUCUGUAAUGUAUCACACAGCAACAGGUUUAUCACGUAUGUAAUCAUAUAAGGUACAAUCACAGUGAGAUGAAAUCUGUCAUUUAUGCUUUAUUUGAUAAACUUGCUCAUCAAUCAGGGAUGGAUUAUAGUAAUAGAAAAUAUAAAUGUCAUGUGUGUUUAUGUACAGAAAACUUCAUGUACUGUUCCUUUGUCAGGACCAUUCAAGUUUGUAUUUACCUUUUGUAUUAUCUAUAAAACCAUUGUACCAAAGCAUUGAAUACAUGCUCUCAGUGUGAAAAUGUCUGUUUAAAGUGUAUGCAGUGACGUCUUUAAAUAAAUGGUAUGAUAUAUUUUCCAGUUAAAUAUGAGUGGGGGGGAAAUGAAUAUUUAUAUUAAUUUUCACUUCAGCUGAGCAGAGCAAUGCUGGUAAACUGUGAAUGUAUGAGUGAGUCACAUAUCCUGUUGCUCUUUUUGCUGAAAAUAAAUUUGUGGCUUUGAAAUA